AUGGCGAGAACCAAGAAGGUGGCGGAGGCCUCCUCGCGACGGUCCUCUAGAGGUCGACCAUCAACGACAUCAGUUAUCGCCACCCCCGAGCCUGCGCCCGUCGCUCCACGAGGUCGUUCCAAAUUGUCCAAAGUUGUGAUAGAGAACUCGCAGUCUUCAGACAUUGAGAUCAAAGCAGAGGUCUCACCUGAGCAGAAGUCGACAUCAUUCUUGGGUGUCUUCGUUCCGCCCACUAAGAAUGCCUCUGUCGACUACACUACUCCUGCGACCAGUGCGAUGAACACGCCUGUUGCAGAAAGUUCAACCAAGGUCACCGCAAAGACUCGUGCUCUUGAACUGCGUGGCUUAGCAGACAAGUUCGGCACCCGUUCCACAUCCAAGAAGCGUAAAGUCGAAGAUGACUUCGAUGACUUUCGAGCUGCCGCUGACGCCAAGCUUGCUGCACGCUUGCAAGCCGAGGAGUACGGCGAGGACGCGACUAUGUCCGUCGACCUUGAUGAGGACGAGGAACUUUCAGUCGAUAUUCCACGCAAACGCGUUAAGCGUGAAAGCAGUGAGGAACUGUCCGAAGUCAUUGACCUAGACUCAGAGGAUAAUGUGCCGCUCAUCAACAGCCGCAAGGCCAACGGCAAGGGUAAAGCCGUUGUCCGGCAGCCUAGUAUCGCUGCCAGCGACAUGUCUAGUGACCUAUCGAUACACUCAAGCAUGGACUCUUCUGAGUUCAGCUAUGGCACGGCCACCUCAGACGACGAAGACGACGAGGCCGAUGAUCUCGACAUUGCAUCACUGAACCCUACAGUAGUUGCUCAGGCAGUUGCUCGUCGUGCUGUCGGCGGCGGCCGGCGGAAGCGAGGCCGUGGUCGCAUGACGCGUGCAGAGCGAGAGCGUGCGAAGCUUGAGAAAUCUCAUCCUGAGAUCAAGACCAUGUGGGACGACCUCAAAGCAGUCAAGCCAAUCAAGCCUGUCGCUGGAGAUCAGCCGGAUGGCAUCAAUCGCAAGUUGAAGGGCUUCCAGCUCGAGGGCGUCGAUUGGAUGAUCAAGCAAGAACGGUCACAGUGGCGUGGUGGCCUCCUCGGAGACGAGAUGGGCAUGGGCAAGACCAUCCAGGCCGUGAGUCUGAUCAUGUCCGACUUCCCGGCCAAAGCACCAGCCCUCGUGGUCGUCCCUCCUGUUGCUCUGAUGCAGUGGAAGGCCGAGAUCGAGUCAUACACUGACGGCAAGUUGUCCGUCCUGGUCUACCACAUAUCUGCCAACCCUAAAUGCAAGAACAUGACUUUGAAGGAGCUCAAGAAAUUCAACGUCAUCAUGGUGUCAUAUUCCAGUCUCGAAUCGAUGUACAGAAAGGAAAGCAAAGGCUGGAACCGAAAUGAUGGCCUCGUCAAGGAAGACAGCGUUCUUCACGCCAUCAAGUACCACCGCAUCAUCCUUGACGAGGCUCACAGCAUCAAGUCACGCACGACUGGUGUCGCUCGUGCUUGUUUUGCUCUCAAUGCCGACUACAAGUGGUGCUUGUCGGGCACACCAGUUCAGAACCGUAUCGGCGAGUUCUUCUCGUUACUACGUUUCCUCGAGCUUGCACCAUUUGCUUGUUACUUUUGUAAGCAAUGUAGAUGUGCGGAGCUUCAUUGGUCGCAGGAUCACAAGAAGGCGUGUACUUCUUGCAAACAUACCGGCUUCAACCACGUUUCGGUCUUCAACCAGGAGAUCCUCAACCCAAUUACCAACAGUGGAUCCGACGUCGAGCGCAAAGAGGCUCUUGCAAAGCUACGCCUGAUCACAGACCGCAUCAUGCUCCGUCGACUGAAGCGAGACCAUGUUUCUUCGAUGGAGCUUCCCCCGAAGGAUGUUGUCAUUCACAACGAAUUUUUCGGCGAGAUCGAGCAAGACUUCUCGAACUCAAUCAUGAAGAAUUCCACUCGAAAGUUCGACACCUACGUGGCACAGGGUGUCAUGCUCAACAACUAUGCCAACAUCUUCGGUAUGAUUAUGCAGAUGCGUCAAGUCGCCAACCAUCCCGAUCUGAUCCUUCGCAAGAACGCCGAAGGAGGCCAGAACGUCUUAGUCUGCUGCAUUUGUGACGAACCUGCAGAAGAAGCUAUUCGAAGUCGCUGUCACCACGAAUUCUGCCGCCAGUGCGCGAAAAAUUACAUUCAGGCAUUCGAUGGCAAGGGCGAUAGUGACGCCGAGUGCCCUCGUUGCCAUAUUCCGCUAUCUAUCGACUGGGAUCAGCCGGACAUUGAGCAAGACGAAGAGAAUGUCAAGAAGAGCAGUAUUAUCAACCGCAUCAAGAUGGAGAACUGGACCUCUUCGACCAAGAUCGAGAUGUUGGUGUAUGAUCUGUACAAGCUUCGCAGCCACAAGCAGACCCGCAAGAGCAUCGUCUUCAGCCAGUUCACGAGUAUGUUGCAGCUGGUGCAGUGGCGGUUGCAGAAGUCUGGCUUCAGCACGGUCUUGCUUGACGGCAGCAUGACCCCAUCGCAGCGCCAGAAGAGUAUUGAGUAUUUUAUGAACAACGUCGAGGUUGAGGUCUUCCUUGUGUCGCUCAAGGCAGGUGGUGUGGCACUCAACUUGACUGAAGCAUCGAAUGUAUUCAUCAUCGACCCCUGGUGGAACCCAGCUGCCGAAUGGCAGUCCGCCGACCGAUGCCACCGUAUCGGCCAGCGUCGCCCUUGCAAGAUCACCCGCUUGUGCAUCGAAGACUCUGUCGAGUCGAGGAUGGUGCUGCUACAGGAGAAGAAGGCCAACAUGAUCAACGGCACUGUCAACAACGAUCAAGUUGCGCUCGACAAAUUGACGCCCGAGGACAUGCAGUUCCUGUUCAGAGGCUCGUAA